UCGGGGCCUGCGCCCACCGCCGCCAUGACGAGCUUUUCCACGCUCUCGCUUUACUCCCUCACAGUCAAACCCCCCUCGGCGACACAAGACGCGAUCUCGGGUGACUUCAUCGGGAGCGGCAAGCAGCAGAUCCUCACCGCCAAUGGCUCGCGCCUGACGCUGCUCGAAGUCUCGCGUAGGCAAAGUGGCUUCCAGGAACUCUACUCGCAGGAUGUCUUCGGCAUCAUCCGCCGCAUUGGCAAGUUCAGGCUUGCUGGUGGCACCAAAGAUCACAUCGUCGUAACCACCGACUCGGGUCGUCUGGUCACGUAUGAAUACAUGCCCGAUGAGCGUCAGUUCAAGACGGUGCACUUCGAGACAUUUGGCAAGUCGGGCGUACGACGCGUUGUGCCCGGCGAGUACCUGGCUGUCGACCCGAAAGGGCGCGCCAUCAUGAUUGCAUCGACUGAGAAGAACAAACUUGUGUAUAUUCUCACACGCAGCGGUCAGACGGACAUCACUAUCUCGUCUCCGCUUGAAGCUCACAAACCCCAGACGCUCAUCUUCGACCUCAUUGGUCUCGACGUGGGCUAUGACAAUCCCAUGUUCGCCGCUCUGGAGCUAGACUUCUCCUCGGCUGAGUCUGAUUCUACCGGAGAAGCCGUCGAAGAGCUGCAGAAAGAGCUGGUCUACUAUGAGCUGGAUCUGGGUCUGAACCACAUCGUCCGCAAGUGGUCAGAACCUGUAGAUCGAACUGCCCACAAACUUCUCCGCGUCCCAGGUGGCCCUAAUGCCCCCAGUGGAGUACUUGUCUGUGGCGACGACAACAUCACGUACCAUCACAUCAAUAACACGAAGUCACAACUCCGCCGCCUCGCCAUUCCACGAAGAGAGGGCUCCACAGAAGACCCCAAUCGGAAGCGGCACAUAGUCACGGGCACUCUGUACUCCCUCAAGGGUGGAGACUUCUUCUAUCUCUUACAGACCGAGGAUGGCGAUGUGUUCAAAUUGACUGUUGAUGCUCCCAAGGGAGUUGUGUUGAAGACCAAGAUCAAGUAUUUCGAUACUCUGCCUCUUGCUACCAGCAUCUGCAUUCUCCGCGCCGGCUAUGUAUAUGCCGCUUGUGAGACCGGUGAUCGUGUCUUGUACGAGCUCGAGUCUCUUGGUGACGAAUCAGACGACCCCGUUUUCGACAGCUCACAGUUUCCUACCAACCCUCUCGAUAGGGACUUUGCGCCACCCUUUUUCCGGCCGCGAGAGCUCACCAAUCUCAAACAGAUUGAGGCAGUGGCCAGCCUCAAUCCUGUAAUGGGUAUGGAGGUGGCUAAUCCCGCGCUGGAGGAUGCUCCGCAAAUAUACACAAUCAACGGUGCAGGGGGACGGAGUACUUUCCGAAGUACACGCAAUGCUCUGGAGGUUCUGGAUCUCAUUGAAUCUCCUUUGCCCCAGAAUGCUUCUGGCGUUUGGACGACGAGGCUCACAGCGGAGGAUGAGACUGAUACCCUCAUUGUUCUCUGUUUACACAGCAGAACCUUGGUCUUGAAGAUCGGUGACGAUGUUGAAGAAGCCUCCAAUACUGGUUUCAUGCUCGAUACCAACACGUUGGGAGUGCAGCAGUUUGGUGAAGACUGUGUAAUUCAGAUCCAUCCCAAAGGUAUCCGUCACAUACAGAGCAUUCAGUUCGCCGAGGGUGAAGCGGUUGCUACUCAUCAAGAAAUCACCGACUGGACCCCCCCUGCUCACCGCACCAUCGUUGCCUGUGCAACAAACAAUCGGCAAGUGGCUAUUGCUCUUAGCUCGGGCCAGAUCCUGUACUUCGAGUGCGAUUCCGAUGGUUCGCUGGCGAUGGCGGAGGAGGAGGUUGCUCUCGACUCUUCCAUCAACUGUCUUGCCAUGCCCGACGUACCCGAAGGCAGCGUCCGGGCUUUCUUCAUGGCUGUCGGAUGCAACGACCACACAGUGCGCAUCUACAAUCUCAGUCCCGAUAUGGAAGGAAACAUCCUACGAAGCAUAUCUGUGCAAGGUCUCUCUUCACCACCAAGUGAUCUGACCAUUAACUCAAUGACUGACAAGUCGCCUCGAGGGUACAGCCAAUAUUUGCAUAUUGGCCUUAUGAGUGGUGUCUACAUUCGCUCAGUGCUUGAAGAGAUGACCGGAGAGAUAGGCGACACCCGGAGACGCUUCUUGGGCCCUGAACCCGUCACUUUCACUCGGAUCGCCGCAGGAGGCGAACCAGCAGUGAUCGCAAUGACCUCCCGACCCUGGCUCGCCUACACUCAUCCUCGCACUUCGGUGCUGCAACUCACACCACUCAACUAUAUACCCUUUAAGUCCGCCUGGAAUUUCGAUGGCUCUGCAUUCAAAGGUGUAAUCUGUGUCAGCAGCAGCGAACUACGUAUCUUUACGUUCAACAACCUUCUCGAUAACACCACAUGCGAGUCGAUCUCGUUGAGGUAUACCCCGCGGAAAUUUGUCGGCUAUCACGAUCAAGGGACGUUCUUUGUUAUCCAGAGCGAGAAAGACACCAUGGGCGCCUCGUCUCGCCAACAUCUUAUUGAUCAGGCCGACGGAGCCAUGGAUCUAGAACACACAAAUGGCGACACAUCAAACGGACAACCUGAGGGUAAUGAACUGCCACCUACAGAAUUUGGCUAUCCCAAAGCGACGGGCCAGUGGGCUUCUUGCAUUCAAGUCGUCGAUCCUAUUACAGAGAAGGCUGUUGUGUAUACAGUCGAACUGAAAGAUAACAAAUCGGCUGUCAGUGUUGCUCUGGCAUAUUUUGAGAGCCGUGGCGAGAACGAGUAUUAUCUUGCCGUUGGAACAGCCAAGGACUUACAGUUCACACCCUACAAGUUCACGUCCGCCUCUAUCCAGAUUUACAAGAUCUCCCCUAACGGAAGAGAACUUGAAUUCAUGCACGAGACAGACAUGGAUGAUCCUCCACUGGCAUUGUUACCCUUCAAGGGCAAGCUCCUAAUCGGUACAGGGACGGACUUGGCCUUGUAUGAUUGUGGUAUGAAAUCCAUGCUGCGCAAGGCUUUAGCGCCCAAGUGUGUACCCAAUCGCAUCGUUGGCCUCAAGACCCAAGGCAGUCGUAUUAUUGUAUCCGAUCAGACUGAAUCCGUAACGUAUGCGGUCCACAAGGAUCAAGUACAUCCCAACCGUAUCAUACCCUUUGCUGAUGAUACCGUCCCACGACAUACGACAUGUACGGAGAUGGUGGAUUAUGAGACCACGGUUGGCGGUGACAAAUUUGGCAACAUCUGGAUGGUGCGAUGUCCAACCAAAGUCUCUGAAGCAAGUGAUGAGUCUCCUGAAGGCUUGAACUUGAUACAGGACAAAGGCUUCCUCGGUGGUACACCCAACCGCGUGGAUCUCGUUGCCCAUUUCUUCGCAAACGAUAUCCCCACCGCCAUUCAACGUACCGUUCUACUGUCUGGCGGUGAACGUGUAGUGUUCUGGGCUGGCCUGCAGGGAACGCUGGGUGCUCUUAUCCCCUUUACUUCGCGCCGUCAACACAAGAUGUUCCAGCAGCUCGAGUUGCAUCUCCGCAAUGAGGACAAGCCUCUCAGCGGCCGAGAUCAUCUAUCCUACCGCAGUUACUUCACGCCCGUCAAGGGUGUCAUUGACGGUGACCUGGUCGAGCGCUUCCUGGUGCUUGGCCGUGACAAGAGGGAGAGCAUUGCGGGUCAAAUACAGGGUGCCUGGUCGAGCGAAAUGAUAGACGAGGCGAUUUGGAACAUGAGAGCUUUGUAUGCAUUUUAA